AUGAUCUCAUUACUUAUGUCAAUCGACGUCAUAGGUGUUGAUGAAGAUCUCGAAGCGGAGAGUGAGACUGGUGUUGGAGAGGCUGGCGGAUUAUGUACCGAUGGUCCUGGUGAUUGGAAUUCCAGUUUUCUUCGUGACUGUGCUCACGCCGGAGGCUGCCUUGGCCGCAUUGCAGCUUCUAAUGGUCGUUCUAUUCAUCGCAUUCCGCUAGGCUUGUUAUUUUGA